GGAUUAAAGCUAUUAAGCUGCUUCACGUCUUUGGAGCACAAAUAGAACAAGGUGGAGAAGAUGUCUGGAUGGAACGUGAUGCUGCUUCUUUAUUAAGAAAUUUUAUCUUUUGUCAAAACUCUUUUAAAUGAGAAGACUACAUCGGUGUAUCCUUAAGUGAUAUCUGAAGGUACUUCGCACAGCGGAAUGAGUAAAAGAAGGAGGAGGAACAGCCGCAGGACGAAGAGCUCCUGCAGCGUGAAACAGUCUAUCUCUUCAUACAGUUUUCAAAAUAAUAUCAGUAGUCCACUGGAUUAUGAGAUUACACAAGACCAAACCACUGAGAAGGGAGAGACAGACUGCUUUUGCAAAGAAAUCUUUUUGUCGGAUGAAGAGGAGAAGGAUGAAGAAACUUCUAGCAAAGAGAAAACAUUUAGACAAGAAAAUGCUGCACACAAAAAAGAAAAAGUCAGCAGUACUGUACAAACUGAUGAGGGAAGGAAGCUGACUAUUACCCACUCAGUGACGUUUAAUGAUUUUGGAAGAUCUCCUCCGAAAAUCGUGUUUCACAGGUCGGAGGAUUUUACAGCAGGAGAAACUGCUAACAUUGUGAUAGAGGUCACAACAUCCAAAAUUAAACACCUGAGCUGUACAGAUAUAAGACUAGAGAUCAGCGAGAUGGUACAGUCAGAUACCUCUGAUCUCAAGACCACUUUGAUUCUACAAAAUGAGAAGGAAAAGCAAAACGAGAGCCUGAAACCUCAAACACCAAAUACAGAAGGUUUUAUAAAUCCUUAUUCAUGCAACCGGAGUACAACAAGUUCAACAUAUACGCAAAAAGCCAAAAUCUGUGAAAAUAUCAGCUUUAAAGUCAUGACAGAACUAAAGACAGAUGUUUCCUCAAGAAAUCCAGGCUCAUUCAGCAGCCAAGGGGAGAUGGACCGCUGUAAAAGCUGCCUCGAGGAUCACAACAGCAGAUCUCACAUGGGUGGACAAACAGACACUGAUUUCACACUCGUGAAUGGAUCAUCUACUUGUUCAUCACUACAUGACUUCUGGCUGCCACAUAGCAGGUUAUCACAACCCGACAAUCAUAGCAAUAAGACCUUAUGUGAUGUUCCUCCUCCUCCAAGGUUUGCUGAUAGGGAACAUGAUGUACUACAGGACCUUACUGAGAACAUAGUGUCCUGUCAUAUAAUCGAACAGGAGGAUCCUCAGCAUGACCCAGAUGCUUCAGUGUCAUCCAAGAAACUUUGGCGUCCGAAACCAAAUGUGCAUAAAACAGCUUACUGUCCUGAACCCUAUGAACUUGACGCUGAAAAAAACCUCUUGAGAUCGUCUGCAUCAGAAAGUCACAAACCGAAAGGGAAAAUCCAAAAUCAUGACAGCAGCACCAGUUCUCAAUCAAGUAGUUACUUAGACGAACCAAGAAAAAGGAGAAGAACUUACCCAGGAGUUUCAAAUCUUUCAGGUCACGAUGGAGAAAGCAAAAUGUCAUGCAGAGGGUCUUUUUCCUCUGGCACACUUUCCUCGUUUUUCAUGCAGUCAUUACUCUGUCAGGCCGACAGAUCUGCUAGAUAUCAUCUAGAGGAUGAGAAAGUACAAAGAAAGACUCACAGUGCCUUCAGUAGCACCAGUUCCCAACCAAACUUGAGCUCCUUCUGUGGUGCUUACAUCUCAACGAAGACCCCAAAUCAUCCAUCAGUGACUGAAAAGACUACAGAUGAUGUCUUUCCAAAGUGCCAAAAUGAAGAAGUAGAGUCAGCAGAUGUUGCUGAUCAGAUAUUUAUGGACAGAGCUAACCAGGAGAGUUUCUCAGAAGACCCACUGGAACAGAACGAGGUUACUGAAAGUGGCUUUGAUGAAGAAAUGAUGGAAGUGGAGAGUCCAGUAUUUUUGACAAAAGACACCCAUCAGAAGAAUCUGCUCAUUCACGUGAUCCCACCUUCGGUUUGCAGCUCAGAAAAUGCAUUAGUGAUGGAUUGCCCAAAGGAGCUAAAACACAAACAUAUGAGAAGCAAGAAAUUGUGA